CAACGUUUAAAGGAAGUAAACAACAACCGCAUCUCUUUCAAGAUAAGCAAGAAAAACUAAAUUAGAAAGACUUUUCAUAGUUUAAGCUUAUUUCCUCGAGCAAAGGCGAGAAAGAUGGAUAGUCACGAAGAAGAUGGGGAGAUAAUUGAUGAAGGAAGGCACCACAUUCACGCGUCUAACGAUGAUCACGAAGUCGAGGAAGAUGAAUUCAGUAUGUCAUCCUACGAUGGUGACCAAGGAGACAGCCUGGAUAUCAAGCCUCCUCAAGCGGUUGUCCAGCGACGGGAGAAACGAGAAAAGCGUGAGAAGAGGGAUCGCCACCGUCACAAGGGAGAGCGCCACAAAGACCGCCACAGAAGCCGCGAACAUCGGAGCCACGAGGAGCGCAGACGAGAGCAUCGACGACACAGGGAUCGCGGUGAUGGAGGUGAAAGGAGGGAGAACCGUGAUGGUCGUAAGCACAAGGACAGAAGUAGCAAGCACGAGAGGCCAGUGGUUGAUCUCCGAGCGAAGUUGGACAAGGGGAGGAAGAUGGUUGACAGAGAAAUGGAACGACGAAGAGACAGAGGACGAGACAUUGAAUACUACAUUGAUGAGAAGGACCAGUACGAACAUCUCGAUUACCACCGUGAACAUUCCAGUCGAGGAGGAAUGGGAAGUGGGGGAAUGGGUGCCAGCGAGCAUCCUGCCUAUGUGCAUCAUCGAAGAGAAGAUCGCAUGAUGGUCCAACUCUCGCCAAGGGAAAGAGCAGAACGAGAACGAAGAAUGGAAAGGUUCCUAGUGGCAGGGAGUAGCAGGUAUAACAAAGGCCAUAGUGUUGGUUAUGGUGCUGACAACUGGCUGACACACAACACAAUUUCCCAAGCUCAUGCCUGUUUUCAAAAUGAAAAGCAGAAAGAGUUGUCGCAACGUGAGGCAGAGUCCCGCAGGCAGAGAAGAGAAGAAGAGAGAAGGGAAGAGCAGCAAAUGGUAAGGCACCGUGGGGACAUACAGUACAGGCACUCGCGACCACACUCUCCCAUGGAGAUGCAUAAAAAGCGCAAAUACCAUCACCAGGAUCACUAUGCGGUUGCAGAUGGGAUAGAUGAGGUGACUGUCCUCAGCGAAGAAGAGGAGGAUGGUGAGUACGAAGACACUGUUAUCAGCCAUGAUGAGAGGAAAGGCUCCAAUGAGAGAAAGUCAGAUGAAGAUAGAAAGAAGAAGAAGAAGAGAAGAAAAGAAGUCGAUGAUACAGUGAAGGAGGAGCCCAGAAUGGAGCAGUCCGACACAGCGGGGAGUGGCUCGUCUGACAGCGAAUCGGAUUCGGAUUCCGAUAGUACCAGUAGUGAAACAGAAGUCGAAGAGGAAGUGAAGAAGGAGGAGGAUGUCAUGGAAGCAAAAGAUACAGCUGCCGACCAGUUGUCAGUGUCAGGGAGUGGAUCAGCAUCAGCGAGGUCUGGCACUUUGUCUCCCUCCCAGGCAGGACGUUAUGAGGACUCACCCAGCAGAGUAGAGGAUCGUCGUUCAGACCGAGAAGAGGCAGAGUAUUUGGAUGACUCUCCCCCAGAAUCUCCGGUAGAGUUGAAGGAGCAACUGCCUUCGUACUAUCCAGCCAUCAUGGGAUGCCGUUCAGUCGAUGAGUUUGAAUGCCUCAAUAGAAUUGAAGAAGGAACAUAUGGGGUGGUCUAUAGAGCCAGGGAAAAGGCAACGAACCAGAUAGUUGCCUUGAAAAGACUGAAAAUGGAGAAGGAGAAGGAGGGUUUCCCCAUCACGUCGCUGCGAGAGGUCAAUACGCUGUUGAAGGGCCAGCACGAGAACAUUGUGACUGUGCGAGAAAUUGUUGUGGGGAGCAACAUGGAUAAGAUUUAUAUUGUAAUGGAUUAUGUGGAACAUGACCUGAAGAGCUUGAUGGAGACAAUGCGUCUGAAGAAGCAGAUGUUUACUAUUGGAGAGGUCAAGACGCUCAUGAUACAGCUGUUAAGAGCUGUACAUCACCUACACGACAACUGGAUUCUGCACAGGGAUCUUAAAACUUCCAAUCUGCUGCUUUCACAUCGAGGAAUUCUAAAGGUGGGUGAUUUUGGGCUGGCCAGAGAGUAUGGAUCGCCACUCAAACACUACACACCUAUCGUUGUCACACUGUGGUACCGAGCACCCGAGUUGCUGUUAGGAUCCAAACAAUACUCUACGCAUAUCGAUGUGUGGUCUGUUGGAUGCAUUUUUGGAGAACUGCUAGGCAUGGAGCCCAUGUUUCCUGGCAAAUCAGAGAUUGAUCAACUGAACAAAAUUUUCAAGGACCUGGGAACGCCGAGUGAAAAGAUCUGGCCUGGGUACAGCCAGCUGCCCUUAGUGAAGAAGACUCAGUUUGCAGAUUAUCCAUACAAUCAUCUCCGUGAGAGGUUCAAGACAAGGCUGUCCGACCAAGGCUUCAACCUGCUCAAUAGAUUUCUGACCUACAACCCACCAAAGCGCAUUACCUGCCAGGAGGGGCUGUAUCAUGAGUACUUCGAUAAGGAGCCUCCUCUGCCCAUUGACCCUGCCAUGUUCCCCACCUGGCCAGCCAAGUCAGAGAACCCGCACGGCCGCUCCAAAAAGACGGGCAUCAGUCCCAAGCCCCCGUCAGGAGGGAAGAACUUCAAGGAUCUGGUUGAUGAAACUGAAGAACUUGCGGCCAGAGGAUUCUUCGUGGGUGGAGCGAAUUCCAGUGGGCCAGGGUUCGUGCUGAAGAUGUGAGGAGAAGACUUCGGCAGUUUAGAAAAUAUACUGAAGGCUUCGGAUUUUGCCGGGAUUGUAAAUGGGUGGAAUAUUUUUAUUUCUUUUACCGAUAUUUUUUCCCCAUUUUGGUGGGAGAGGCGACGUGUUGGGUUUGUUGAAUUUCAGUAAUGAAAUAAGGGUAUAGAUUUAUUUAUUUUUUUUUUUUUUGAGUGAAUUCAGCCGCAGUUUCUUGUUUAAUCUUGUAACAUAGAAAAGGUAUGCACUAUUUUUCUUCAUCAAUUAUAUUAGACUUUGGAAUAGUGAUACAAAACCUAAUGACAGGAAUUUUAAGACUCCUUGAAAUGUACAUUUUGAUUAGAUAUUUAUGGCAAAUCCGUGAAUGUCAUGUUUUUAUAUUUAGGUUUCUUUUUUAGCAGUAUGGAAUAUUAAUUGUUUUAAAUUAUUGAUAAUACAGGUGAGCAGAUUCUAGAUGGGUUUCCCUGAAAUACUGUGUAUUCUCCUAGGGAUUUUGUAUAUAAAACCUGAAUAAAGUAAUUUUUAUA